AGCGUUUAUAACCACCAUCUCUACGAAAAUAGCCAGUCCUGCUUUCUAUCUGGAGCGUUUCUGAUGGUCUUCAGUGGAAGAGUCUCAGUUUGGCUUCCUGUUCGCCGACUUCUUAUUCGAAUUCCCCGUUCCACCUUAAAUGGGCAGCUGCUACAGUAAAGCGCUCCAGGCGCCAGAAUGUAGGCUGCGACAUUUAAGGUGGAACGGAGAGUUCGAAUAAGAAGCUAACUUCAACUUCGUGUUUGCGAUUUGUACUUUCACUUUACAGUACUGAUGUCAGAAUGGCGCGAAUGGUCCUUGAAGUUCGUGGAGUCCCAGAUAUCGACCCUUCUGACCGAAUGGUGGACCAGCUGAAGAUACACUUCUUGAGGCGCAGCAACAAUGGAGAUGAUGUUCUAGAGGUACUUUACCCGACCUCUACUCCAGGACAGGCCUACGUCAUCUUUGAAUCAGAAAAAGUUCCUGGCGUCCUGCAGUGCACUCAUGUUUUGGAAGUGGACAGCAGAUUUUAUCCAGUCCAUGUCCAGAGAGCUCGUCAGUCUGAGGUGGACAUGGGGGUUGAAACCACAUUGGAUAUUAGUAUGUUCCCAAAUCCGCGGGAGGCCCUACAGCUCAUUGAGGAGCACGGCUUCGAGGUAACCAAACCCAGCACAGGCCGCCUCCAUUUAAAGGGGUCCUUCCUCAAUCUGAAGCUUUUACGAAAAAAACUCACUCACCUUCUGGCCCAGGGUGUCCCGCUCCAAAGCAGAUCUCCUCCAGCUCUCUCCAACGGAUACUCAUCAGCUUCAUCAGCUCCUGUCUCCAGAUCAGAGCCUGAUCGUUUGGAGGACAGAUAUAUUGCCAAGUCCUCAUCAAAAUAUGGUCAUUUGAUUGGCAAUGGAGUGCAUGUGUGGAACCGGAGCCCCGUGGUUGAUGGUGCAUCAGUAUUAUCAGGUGUUUCUCCAGCCAGCCUCACUCGGCCACAGCCCACCUCUCCUGUACAUGGAGAUUCAGACUCCCCCAGGAGUCUUCCCAACUUGCAUGCUGAUUCUUAUAGUAGGCCAACGUCCAGCCGAAGAGAAGCAAGCGUUUUAGUGGACCGAGACAUCCUGGACUAUGCACUUGUCUAUAGAGAGGAUGUUUUCAAGGAAAUGAAUAUGAACUAUGGUGCUGAGAUGAGUGUAAUAGAUGAUAAAGACAUUACAGUGGUCAAGUUUUUGGGAAUAAACUGUCAGAAAGCUCAAGCGAAGCUCCAGGCUCUCAUUGAGGAUAUUGGACCCAAGUUGCGCAAACAAGAAAUAAACCUGAAAGAAUACAGGCCUGUCCAACAAAAACAGAUACGUGACAGAAUCCAGCAUUAUAAAGACUGGGGUGUUGUGAUCAAGCAAGACGAUGACACUAUAAAGCUGGUGGGAACUUCUACAAGGAGCUUUUUGGUGAUGCAAAUGCUGCUGGGAAUGAAUGAUGACCCGUCUACUUCCAGUCAAAGGGGCAGAGAACUAGAGAGGGGCUCAAGACUAAGACGGAGUUCCUCGCUACAAAGAGAGCAUAGGGUCAGCAGUGUUAGGGAAACUGACCAAGGACGCAGUCCUAAACCUGAUUAUCAGGCCAGUGCAGCAAAAGACUAUUCUCCUUCACACUAUCAGGAGGAAGAUCAGUCAAGAAGAGAGCCACAAAAGCGCCCUCCAAACGAACAGCCAGGCAGGAGACGCAGCAGCUCUGUGGAUAGACAUAAAUACAGGGAGACCAGAGAGCAGCCAAAACAAAUUGAGCCACUGCUGCUGCCAUCUGGUGGUGAAGAAAAGACAUUCACAACAAAAAAGACUCCAACAAUUAAAAAAUCAUUAGGAGCUGGUCUGAAUAAAUUAACUUCAGAUUUUAUAAAUAAGACACGCUUAAAAAAAGUUUCCUUGUUAUGAACAAGGAAAAUGCUGUUAAAAAUGAGGGAUUUCCUUGAUAUUUAAGCGCAGUAACCCAGCAUCGUUUAAACAUUCUGCUCUACAGUACAUUAAAUACACCAUUAAAUAUUAGUUUGAAAUAUUAAAAAAAAAAAUUAUAUUCGAAUGUCAAAAAUUUUAAAACAAAUAUCUGCUGAUACAAAGGUUUGGGUCAAUUGAAAGCGAA